UGAAUAUAUUACCGAAUCGUAACGUUACAUUUUAUUAAGCUAAAAAGAUUCAUUAUAGAUAUAAUUAAUUAAGGCAUUAUGGAUUAUGCAUAGCGUUAUCGUGUAAUCAUUUAUGCGUGGUUAUGAAUACUAUCGAAUUUGACGAGUGGGGGGUUUCAUAUUCGAUGUUGCAGUAUCGAUUGUACAGUUCGAGUUUCAAACUGCGGAUUACACAAUGAUAGCGUGAACUUUCAGAUUUUGGAGGUUAUGUCACGGAACGGUGAUAUCACAAGGACUUCAGUUACGACUUUAAAACGUAAAAAUGUUGUUACACUUUUGUUGUUUAAUUGUAUGGAGUGAUUCGAUUGAUCUGAAUUUAUUUUAAAAUUAUAUCAUACGUAAUGUGAGCAUUUCUACUUCUUAAUACCGGUCGAUUGCUCUGCGAAAGCAAACAGUGGUUCCUACAAAUACCUGUUUUUGACACCUCGCAAAAAUGGAUGAUCAAGCUUGUCCGAGAUGCAAAACUACCAAAUAUCGAAAUCCAUCAUUAAAAAUGAUGGUGAACGUUUGCGGACACACGUUGUGCGAAAGCUGUGUUGAUUUGUUAUUCUUGAAAGGGUCUGGAUCGUGUCCCGAGUGUAAGAUUCCUCUGAGAAGAGUGAAUUUUCGUGUACAAUUAUUCGAGGAUCCAAUGGUGGAGAAGGAGGUGAACAUAAGGAAAAAAAUCCUUAGAGACUUUAACAAGAAGGAGGAGGACUUUGCAACGUUAAGAGAAUACAACGACUACUUAGAAGAAAUUGAAACGUUGAUAUAUAACUUGGCUAAUAAUAUUGAUGUAAUAGAGACAAAUAAAAAGAUAGAACAGUAUAAGAAAGACAAUAAAGAUCAAAUAACAAAAAGUAAGUCGAAAAUUGGUAGAAGCGAAUACGAGUUGGAAGAAAUGAUCGAGUUGGAGAAACAGAAAGAGGAGGAAAGAAGAUUGGAAAUAGUUAAAGAAGAGAUGGAAGCUAAAAAGAAAAAGAUCCGAGAAAAGGAAGCGUUGAUCGAUGAACUUACAUUUUCAGAAGGAAAUGCGAAGAAUAUUGUGGAAACGUUCGCUUCUGUCAUACAAGCAUCGAAGAAGGAACAGAAGACAGCAUCUAGUAAAGUCAAUCAAUUUAGCACAGGAAUUAAAUUUGGCAAUCAGGGAAGUCAGAAUUACUUGCCCAUACCAAAGAUCGAGGAAGGCCCUUUGUAUUCUUACACUCCUAUUAGACAAGGAAUGGAUGGUCCAACACCACCAAGUUGGAGAGAAUUGCAAGCUCGUGGAUAUAUUUCUCAUGUACGCGUCGAAUCUGCAUCAGAAAGGGCAGGUGGAUUCAAGGCACACGUUGCUUGCUUAAGAGCGUUACAGGAAUCCAUGGCUGGCUUGUAUUAUAAUCCUUCACAACGUCAUACAGAAUUCACAACUGUAUGAUUGUACAGACUGUUUUAAUACCAAGGAAAUCAUAUCUCUAGUUUUAUAUAUAGAACGGUAUCUCUGAUUGAUCAUCAUUCAAUAAGCAAUACAUGCUAAGUUAAUUACAUGUACGUGACAUAAUCGAAAUUGUAGGUAAAUGUGCCUUGUAUAUUUAUGUAAUUUUUAGUAUCGCAUAUUAUAUAUUAUGAUUAUAAUAUGAAAGCUACACCACUGUAGUACCUGGCUAAGUUCUUACAAUGAAAAGAAUCGUUCUUUCAUUUUGUAGUAAAAUAAAAUUCAUUUUGUUAAAAAAUAAUAGUUUAUAUUAAUACUCUCUUUCGCCCUACCAUUGACAGAGUAAAACUUUGUUUCAGUCAAAAUACUGACAGUGAUUAAAAUUAAAAUUAACUAUGAAGUUAUAAAUCGUUCUAGAUGAAAUAAAAUUUUUACGUAUAGGAGAAGGAUAGAUGGAUUUCUUUGAUUCUCUAAUUGAGAUGGUUAAACAUUAAACAUAGUAGACGAAUAUCAUUAUUUAUGAAAAAAGGUGAUAAGAAUAAAUAUUUCGACCUAUCAAAUAAAAUAUGUAAAUCUUUAUAUACAUAUUUUGUAAACUGAAUAAGCCAGGUACUGCCAUCUCUCGAAACAAAUGAAAAUGGAAAGGAUAAAAGCUUCGAUUGGAGUUAUGAGAAUAGCCAUAGAUCACAGACGAGUUAAUCAACCAGUGAAUGCGCCAGAAAUAUGAUUUUUGAAA